AUGGACGACUACGACGACGACUACCCAACGACGCGCUCGACUUCCGUCGCGGCCGAACACGAUGAUGACACGCCGCCAGAGCGAAACUCCCCUUCCUUCAGCUUCCACGAGGAGCGCCGCCUCCUCAAGAGUGAUGAGUACUGGCUCGCGCACAAGAUCCCGCGCCUUCCUCCUCCCGCCCUCAGCACGUCACCAAACGCGUCGGUUGCGGCGCUCGACGGCCUCUCGCUCUCCCGCUACGACGAUGAAGAUGAUGAGGGCGCUUCGAAGGCGAGCACAACGGACGCGGCCCCGAACCGUGACCGGAUGGAUGGAGACGAGUGCCUCGAGCUCGAGGAGGAGCACCGCGAGAAAAUGGGGGGGGAGGCCGCUGGCGGCCUGCCCUCAGCCCAGUUUGAUACGGUCCGUGCAUUCGCCGAGUCUGGUGUUGGAAGCGAACUCGAAGCGCUCUAUGCUGCGUUCUCCAAAUGCCUCGCCCUGCGCGACAAAUACAUGAUUCUCUCCUGUCAGAUGCUGGGUGACAACCCCCGCGACCGCGACGGCACAUUUGGCGGAUUCCGCGACGGAACAGGCGACGUGUAUGGUCUCAAGCCAGACCAGAGGCCGGCUACGUGUGAGCUGAGCGCCGACCCCAACGCCCCACAGUGGCAGAUGAACCCGCCGCCGCCGGCCCCACACUGGAAGUGGGAGGGUGAGCGACCUGAGCACCCAGAUGGCGAGUCACACAAGCCGUCCACGACCACGCCCGAGUUUGAGUUGGCGAACUGCGAGGUUCCGGGCCCAGAGGAUGCGAUCAGCUCACAUACUUUCCGCCUCAACGACGAGGGAGUGUAUACCGUAUACACGAGCAAUGGGUACGACAAGGGCGGCGAGAUCCAACUCAGCCACGUGCCCCGUCUCAAGGAAUACUACAUGGACCUCGAGUACUUGCUGAACGUGUGCUCGGACGGACCGGCCAAGUCGUUCGCUUUCCGCCGCCUCAAGUACCUUCAGUCCAAGUGGAGUCUGUACGGCCUGCUCAACGAGUACCAGGAGCUCGCAGACAUGAAGGCUGUGCCGCACCGCGACUUCUACAACGUGCGCAAGGUCGACACACACAUCCACCACUCGGCGAGCAUGAAUCAGAAGCACCUGCUGCGCUUUAUCAAGCGCAAGCUGCGGCGGUGCCCUGACGAGAUUGUGAUCCACCGCGACGGCAAGGACCUGACGCUGAGCGAGGUAUUCAAGUCGCUCGACCUCACGGCUUACGACCUGAGCAUCGACACGCUCGACAUGCACGCGCACCAGGAAUUCCACCGCUUCGACCGCUUCAACAACCGUUACAACCCCACCGGGUCAUCGCGCCUGAGAGAAAUCUUCCUCAAGACCGACAACCUCCUCAAAGGCACUUACCUUGCCGAACUCACGACCGAGCUGAUCGCCGACCUCGAACAGUCCAAGUAUCAGAACAGCGAGUGGCGCGUGUCCAUCUACGGCCGCAAGGCCGACGAGUGGGAUAAGCUCGCCAAGUGGGUCGUGGACAACAAGCUCGUUUCGCACAACGUCCGCUGGCUCAUCCAGGUGCCCCGCCUGUACGAGGUGUUCAAGGCGGGAGGCUUGGUCAACAACUUUGAGGACGUUGUCAAGAACGUUUUCAAGCCCCUCUUCGAGGUCACGCAGGACCCGAGCUCGCAUCCUGAACUGCACAUCUUCCUCCAGCGGGUGGUCGGAUUCGACUCGGUCGACGACGAGAGCAAGCCUGAGCGCCGGCUGUACAAGAAGUUCCCGACAGCUCAGGCGUGGGACACGAACCAGUCCCCGCCAUACAGCUACUGGAUCUACUACAUGUACGCCAACAUGGCGAGCUUGAACGUGUGGCGCCGCGAGCGCGGUUUCAACACUUUCGUGCUCCGCCCGCACUGCGGCGAGGCCGGCGACCCCGACCACCUGUCCUCCGCGUUCCUCACCUCGCACUCGAUCUCUCACGGCAUUCUCCUCCGCAAGGUUCCUGCCCUACAAUACCUCUUCUACUUGAAGCAGAUCGGUCUUGCAAUGUCCCCGUUGAGCAACAACGCCCUCUUCCUAACGUACGAGCGCAACCCGUUCAAAGACUUCUUCAAGAUCGGGAUGAACGUUUCUCUCUCAACCGACGACCCGCUCCAAUUCCACUUCACCGCGCAACACCUGCUCGAAGAAUACUCGUGCGCGGCGCAGAUCUACAAGCUCACGCCGGCGGAUAUGUGCGAGCUCGCGCGCAACAGUGUCGUCCAAAGCGGCUGGGAGAUGCAAGUCAAGAAACACUGGAUCGGACACAAGUGGUAUCUUCCCGGCGCGGCAGGUAAUGAUAUCCACAAGACAAACGUGCCCAACAUCCGCCUUGCGUACCGCCACGCCACUCUGAUGGAGGAACUGAACCUCAUCCAGCACGGGACGCACACGCCCAGUGCAACGCCGGGACCCAUGCGCCCCAGUGUAUCGGCACAGGGGGGACAAGGCGAGGCUGGCGCAAGAGCUGGAGCGUCAAGCCCUGUGGUCGCGCACAGGCCCGUGUCGCACGGCUCGGCGGACCCGGAUAACCUCGGUGCCGCGGCGAUGGCACAGACCCGCAACCUCCUCGACCCCGCCUUCAGUGUUGCGCCUGGGGCGGCCGAGCUCGAUGUCCGCCACAGAAGGCGGUCCCUGAACUUGGCGAAUAAGCCUACACUUGGCAUGAGCGCCGCCGACGAGAACCCGUCCCCGUACGUGUCGCCGUUCCACAGCCCGGUACGUGAGAAGGCCGAACCGUUUGCGCAUGCGCCGCGCAGUCCUGUACGCGGGAAGGGCCAUCUGCUUGCCAAGCCUCCCGCCAGCCCCACGCGCAACAAGUAG